CGAGAUUCAUGCACGUCCACUGAUCUGAGUGAGGAUACGAGUUGAGGAUAGGGUUUUUCGUGUCAGUGACUUGGUCCAACAUCAUCACAUUUUUAAGAUCUAGUAACGUUAGAUCCUAAAGUACAGGUUGUGGAAUUAAGAAAUACCGUAUCAGUUUUAUGGGGCACGGGCGUGAUGAUAUAGCCUAGCAGCAGGUACCGUAUUGAGGAAUUAUAAAUACAUGCAGAUAUGCAUGGGAUGAGAUAGACUUGACUGUCAUAUCUUAACUUGUGAUUGCAUAAUAUGACUGAUAUUGAUCGAGCUAUUGGAGAUCUACUUGCUGGAAAGGCCCCGGAUAUUCCCCUUGACAGGUAUGACAUAUGUCGCAAGUCUUGUGACAAUGACAAGCCAACAAUACUUGGCUAUAAUACCAUUAUCAUCGUAGCUGCGGUAAUACUUGAUGAUGAGGGUCGCUUUGUUCUAAUUCAAGAAGCUAAGGAGUCAUGCAGAGGAAAGUGGUAUCUACCUGCUGGGAGGCUAGAGAGAGAUGAAACAUUGGAGAUGGGUGUGAAGAGAGAAGUCAAGGAGGAAGCAGGGUUUGAUUUUGAGCCAACCAAUAUAGUACAAGUAGAGAGCUCAUUGCUAGCAGGCUACUGGAUGAGAUUUACUUUCACUGGAAAUAUCAUUGGAGGAUCACUGAAGACAGAAAAAGAAGCGGAUUCAGAAUCGCUCCAAGCAAGAUGGUGCUCGAUGAAUGAUUUAGCUAAUCUGAGAUUGAGAGCCAGAGAUAUCCUGCCAGUCAUUGACCGAACCAGGCUGUACUACCAAACUUCACCUACAGAGAGACAUCCAACUAUCAUGCCAGAUCACAAUCCUCAUAAACACAUGUGUAUGAGAAUCAUCCUCGUCAGGCAGAAACAGAAUUCAUUUGAUGUGCUACUCUGCACCCAGGGGACUCCUCAUUUCCCUAUCAUCAGAGAUGGCUGGCAGGCAGAGGAUUCAUUACAUCGACUUGAGAAGGAGGCAUUUCAUGGGAAGAACAUGUAUGGUUCUCCCUACAUUAUAUGUAUAGAGCAUGUAGGGAGCCCUCACGGGUCGGCCGACGGCGUAUGCCUCAAUCUUCUAACCAUGACUGAAGUAGAUAGAGAACUGAAUAAUCCAGACUACAUCUGGCAUCCAAUUUCAAGCAACGACCUCAAAAGACAAAUCGUCAGCAGAACCAGACCGGGCAUGAGUGUAUUAUGUCCCUAACACAUGUAGAGAAAGUUUUUUUGGGAAAAAUGUCCUCCAUGUUUUAAUAUAUUUAUUCCAUUCAUGUACUUGCAAAUAUUUUUUGAAUUGAGAAAGUAUAGAGUAAUAAAUGUGUGUCAGAUUAGAAAUAAGAAUAUAUUUUUAUUGUACGUGUUUGUGUUCUAUACUAUCUCAUUUAGCAAUACAAGUGUUAUCUGUAAUUGCAGAAUAAUGAAAAUAUACUCCAGAAUGAAUGAAAUAGACAUUAUUAUUCCUUUAUUCUGCUAGAAUGUAAGGUUAGUUCAUAUCAAAGCUAAUGACAGAAAGGUGUUAUUAUUUGUCAAUGUAGGUGUUAAUGUUUAGAUAUAAAUAUGUGUAAAACAAGUGAAAAAAAAUCAGGUUAUAAGACCUACUUCAUUGCUUUAGACUUCUUCAGACAGCAACUACUCUGAUUGACUGGAGGUGAUGUUGCUGCUCUUGGAGAUUAAUAGUAAGAGAGAAUGGGAAUAUAUACUGUACAUUGCUGAUAAUUACAGUAGACAAGGUGACCUUUAACUGCACAUUUGACCCUGAAUGUAGGGGAGACCGUGGUUAGUUGGAAC